UUGCUCUCGAGGAGCACUGUUUUUAGUAGAUCUGAAGAAUCAAUUUUUUCUAAAUUCCAGAAUACAAUAACGAUCAGGAAGGAGUUCAUCCAGAAUAAGAAUUACAAGCCUCCUGAAUACACCUGCGAACACUUCAAACGUAACAUUUCCAAAAACAGGUAUGAAGACGUGUUGUGCAUAGACUCUACUCGCGUUGUAUUGAAAGAGAGACCACCAGAUACUGACUAUAUUCAUGCAAGUUGGAUGGAUAUGCCCGAUGGACAAAGAUACAUCAGCACACAGGGACCAUUACAGGAGACCCUUGAGGAUUUUUGGCACAUGGUUUAUACAGAGAAGUCGUAUGUAAUUGUUAUGUUAUGUUGUUUGCGGGAAGGUGAGUUUGGGCACUUUGAAAGAACCUUUUUUGAGAAAAAAAGCAGUGAACCACACUGCAAACCUUAUCAGGUGAAUUCGAAAAAUCUGGAGGAUCUGGGAACGGUUUUGGGAUUCACCCUUGAAUGGCCGGAUUAUACUGCUCCCCUUGAUCCGACUCCCACUGUUGGCCUACUUAAGCUCGUACGAAAUCUAUCCAGAAGCACUCCAAUAGUCGUUCACUGUUCUGGAGGAAUUGGACGCUCCGUGUUUGAUUACAUAGCUCAGAAAGUGAAAGCGGAUAGCAAUGUGAAAAUGGUUGAUAUGUUUAAAGACCUCAGGAAUCGAAGGUUUCAAGGCGUCCAGGGCAUCAUUCAGUACACCUAUCUCCACGUGUGUGUGCUAGAACUGUUUGUUCAGGUAAGCAUUUUUGAAGAUCCACAGGAGUUAAGCUGA